GGGCAGGAGCGGGCGCUGCGAGGUGGGAGCCGGGCGGCUCGGCGGGACCUCCCCAUCUGGGAGCCAUCUGUGUUUCCCUGGAACCGGACAGGCGGCUCCAGGCAGUGAGAAAUCGCAGAUGUGAGGGACCUGACACAUGUCCAGCUAAUGAAAGGAGAAGGAAGGCUGGGCUCAGCCUGCGCUCCCAGAUUAAGAGCAGUGGAGGAAGAGCCUUUUUAUUUAUAUUGCAACGAAACGAGGUGUAUUCAACAGCAGCUGGAUUGUGCUAACCUCGCCUCGUAGGCCUGCAGGUCACAGCGUGGCUGUGCCGUACACCCAGCGACACGACACGGGGUAAAAGCUGACUUCAGAGCUCUCCGUCACCGCUAAGGAGGACUCAGUACCCUGUGCUUCCUUGGGCUGCUGCCAGCUGCCCCAUCCCAGAGCCUUCCUCCUCCAUCGCUUCCUGAUGCCACAGUGCUGCACCAAGUUGCUGGUGAGAAGAGGGUGCCAGUGAUGCCCGGCUCGCCCGUGGAAGUGAAGAUACAGACCAGGUCCUCUCCUCCCAACAUGCCACCACUGCCCCCCGUCAACCCCGGCGGCCCCCGGCCCGUCUCCUUCACCCCAACUGCACUGCCCAACGGGAUGAACCAUUCCCCCCCAACGCUCAACGGGGCACCGUCCCCACCCCAGCGCUUUGGCAACGGCCCGGCCUCCUCCUCCUCUUCCUCACUGACCAACCAGCAGCUCCCGGCCACGUGCGGUGCGCGGCAGCUCAGCAAGCUGAAACGCUUCCUCACCACCCUGCAGCAGUUUGGCAAUGACAUCUCUCCGGAGAUCGGGGAGAAGGUGCGGACCCUGGUCCUGGCCCUGGUGAACUCAACAGUGACGAUUGAGGAAUUUCACUGCAAGCUGCAAGAGGCGACGAACUUCCCCCUGCGGCCCUUUGUGAUCCCCUUCCUGAAGGCCAACCUCCCUCUGCUCCAGAGAGAGCUGCUGCACUGCGCCCGGGCUGCCAAGCAGACACCAUCCCAGUACCUGGCCCAGCAUGAGCACAUCCUUCUCAACACCACCUCCUCCCCAGCCGACUCCUCGGAGCUGCUCAUUGAGGUCAACGGGAACGGCAAGAGGCACAGCCCUGACAGAAGGGAUGAUAACAGCUUCGAGAGGGAGCCGCUGCCGACGGAGCCGCCGGCCAAGCGUGUGUGCACCAUCAGCCCUGCGCCCCGGCACAGCCCAGCACUCAGCAUCCCAAUGCUGAACCCCGGCGGGCAGUUCCACCCCACCCCACCACCCCUCCAGCACUACACCCUGGAAGACAUCGCCACCUCCCAUCUGUACAGAGACCCCGGCAAGAUGCUGGAGCACAGGGAGAUCCGGGACAGGCACGGCGGGCUCGGUUUGAAUGGAGGUUACCAGGAUGAGUUGGUGGACCACCGCCUGACAGAGAGGGAGUGGGCUGACGAGUGGAAGCACCUCGAUCAUGCUCUGAACUGCAUCAUGGAGAUGGUGGAGAAGACCCGGCGCUCCAUGGCCGUGCUGCGGCGCUGCCAGGAGGCCGACCGUGAGGAGCUCAACUACUGGAAGAGGCGGUGCAGUGAGGCUGAGCCCCGCAAGGCAGGGGGGGAGUUGGGCACAGCCCGGCACAGCCCCGGCAGCUCCGACUCCAUCGGCAGCGAUUCACUGCGGGAGUUCAGCAGCAGGUCGGGGCCGGGCUACGUCACUGAGGAGAUAUGGAAGAAAGCAGAAGAAGCCGUGAACGAGGUGAAGCGCCAGGCCAUGUCGGAGGUGCAGAAGGCCGUGGCAGAGGCAGAGCAGAAGGCGUUUGAGAUGAUCGCCUCCGAGAGGGCGCGCAUGGAGCAGACCAUCGCCGACGCCAAGCGUCAGGCCACCGAGGAUGCUUUCCUGGUGAUCAACGAGCAGGAGGAGUCCACGGAGAGCUGCUGGAACUGCGGCCGUAAGGCCAGUGAGACGUGCAGCGGCUGCAACAUCGCGCGCUACUGCGGCUCCUUCUGCCAGCACAAGGACUGGGAGAGGCACCACCGCAUCUGCGGGCAGAGCCUGCACGGCCACAGCAAGGGGCUGGCACUGCCUGCGGGGCGCUCGGCCAAGGGCAUGGAUGGCGUGCCCAGCCCCAGCAUGGAGAAGAGCUCGGCAGCCACCUCCCGCUCCUCCACGCCCGCAUCUGUGACAGCGAUAGACACGAACGGACUCUAAGGGGGAAGUUUGGGUUCAGCCCGUUCCAUUCAUUGUCCUGGUGGUGUUUUUUGUUUUUGAAGUCGGAAAAUAAAACCCCCAGGAACUCCUAUCAGUCGACACGUUGGACAAACCCAGGCCACCUCUGUUGGAAGCUCUGCCGCCCCUCCAGCCUCGCUCAGUGCACAGAGAGCUGCAGCCCACCUCCGGGGCUGCAGGAAGGAGUGCUGAGCACGCAGAGCCCUGCUGCUCGGCUCACACACAUUCUUCACUGGGGUGUCUGAAGCCCUCUGUGUUCAGCCCCAGGUGUAUCUGCCUGUUGUUACCCUGCUCCCAGUGUGUGCUGCUGGCUGUAUGCUCUGCGCCACCGGAGCUCAUGUGCCAGCAGGAGCAUCCUUCCUGCUGUGAGGUGAUAAGGACAGGAUCGCUUUGGGGAUGGGGGGCAGCAGUUGGGGCUCAGCUCCACUCCAGGGGCUGUGCUGAGUCCCUCUGGGCCGGGACAGCAGCAGUGCUGGGUCUGACAGUGGACCUCUGAACUCCUGCAGACCAAAUCUGACUCCCUCACAGGCAAUUAUUGUCCUUUGCACCUGGGUGCCAAUAUCUGCAAUGCAGGAAGCUUUUUUUUUUGUUGGGUGGAAGUUGUUGGUUUGGGACUUACUACUGUUUUCAACCACAGAGGUCGCAGUGUGAGCGCUGGGUGCUGUCACAGCCUGCUCUUCCCACACAGCUCCUGCCCCAGAGCCCGACCUGAAGCCGUGGGGCCCAGCAGCCCCACCCCGCUCCCCCUCAGCUCCCUGCAGCCGGCAGUGCCUGCAGAGAAGCUGCUCGGGGCAGGGGGUGCGCAGGGCUGUGCUCCAGCACUGUGCUGUCAGCAGUGCAGGAAUGGGAGGACCCGCAGUGCACCCGUGCUGAGCUCAUGCUGUGCUGCGCACAAAUGGGACCGAGGAAAGCAUCUGUUCAGCAAAGCUGUGUUUCCAUGACUGGUUUUGUGUGCUCGCUGGGUUGGAGCCCAAUGAGGCAAGUAAUUCCCAAAUUAGUUUUGAUCACUUUUUCCAUGGGAGGCGAAUAAUGGAGCUGCAGUGAGUGGUCCCAGAGCUUGCAGCGCUGUGUUGGGGCUGAGCAGCAACGGUGGCCUGCAGGGACUGCGGCUCAGCUCUGCGUCUGCAGGGUUUUAUCUUGCAAAGUAAAGCCCCAAAGUCUCCUGGCUCUCUCGGAGCAGCUGUGGUCAGCCCAUGGCCCGCAGCGUGAGGGCCGGGCGCUGCCUGCGUGUGUACAUAGAUCGUCUUCCAUCAUCCUCAUGCGACUUUGGUGGCUGUGUAUUAAAAUUAACCCCAGGUAAAUGAGUACAAUACUAACAGUCAUGGUUAGAAUUAUUUUUUUUCCAACACAUAACGAUAAAUGUGAGCUCUGGACAUGGGCAGACUCGUGGGACUGAGUUUUCUAUUUUUCUUUUUUUUUUUUUGACAUUUAAUUCUGUAAUAGGAAUUUGUUACUUCAUUCCUGUGCAUAACUUAUUUAAUGUACUGUAUAAAGGAACCCAAACUGUUACAGAUGUAUUUAGUUUGUUCUACUCGAAAGUAGUCAAUAAAAAGACUAUUCAUCACA